AUGUUCGCUGUCUUCAACAUCAUGAAGAGGGCGUACGACGCUGACACCCCGAAGACCCCGUCAUUACAUGCCAGUCCUCGUGAGAAUCAAGGACAGGUUCCUACCAGACCGGUUGACCCCGUCCUUCUCCACAACUUCCUGGCGGAGACGCACCAAGUCGAAGGAUGUACGUGCCAGUUUUGCGGCAUGCGCAACGAGCAGGCUCGUUCCUCAAUAGAUACCCAAGCUACGGAAGAUACCACUCAUCAUGCUCACGUACCGAAUACAUCUGACGCUGAUACCACUCACACCGAUACCCAUUCUGGUCCGGAACCGGAUGCAGGAACUGCUACCCAUUUAACACCUGGGGUGCAACACAUUGAGGAUGGUUCAACCACUGCUGACGAAGCCGUGUCCCCGGUCAAUCUCGACACGGCUGAACCUCACUUCCCUUACACCGGAGAGAAUGUUCCGCUCUGUUCAUCCGCUCCUGUCACCCCCGAAGAGCCUCACAACGACAGCCCUUCCAUAGACGCGAACCACACUUCGCGCGACCGUACCAGCACUCGCGGGCGAACCACCCUAGGCCUAGGUCUCAUAUUCCCUCCAGGCCUCUCCCGAACCCCCGGCUCCUCUACACCCACACCCCCCGCCUUCCCUGAAUUCACCACCGCCCUCCCCGCGCAGCAUCCCGACAUUGUGCCAACGCCCCCACCGGUCAGCCUUAACAGCCCCCCGCCCCCUGCGCCCAACCCCGAGAACGACCACAGCAGCCGCAUCUACAGCCCCGACCCACAGGCAUACGUCCACCACGGCCGGCGGCACCCCAACUUCGGCGAAGCCGCCUAUCCCAACCCCCAUUUUGACCCGCUGUCCGACGCUGCACACGACCUCCCCAUCCCCUCCCGGCGCGCCCCCGCAAACGCCGACCUCUACACCCACCGCCGCCAUCCCUCUUCCCACCGCCGCCGCCGCCACCGCUCGCCUUCCUACGACCCCGCCGAGCCCCCGCCGCGCUACACCCAGCGCGACUACCGGCGCGCGCCGCUCUUCGCGCGGCGCGACAUGGACGCCUACCUGGACGCCGACCCCGCGGCCAUCGCGGAGGACCUUCCGCCGUACGCGACGCACGACCCGCUGCUCGUCCGGCACUACCGCCACCCGCCGUACAUCCCCGGCUUCCGGGACGACGCGCUCAUGGGCGGCGCGCGCUCGCGGUCCAGCAGCGGCUCGAGCGAGGGAGGCCGGGGCGGGCUCGUGGCGUCGUUGGCGAGGGGGGCGGCGAGGUUGUGUGCGUUUGUGAGCUCUGGGCGGGAGCCGGCGCCGAGGGGGUAUGGGGUUGAUAGGAGUGAUAGGGUCCCGUUGGAGGUUAUCAGACGGGAGUUGGUGCAGCAAGAGUGGCAGACCAUGGCUAUGGGGUUCUCGUAA